AUGCAUAUCUCUCUUUCUCUUCUUUGCACCGCUGCCUUGGCUGCUGCCCACGGCUACGUCGAGACUGCCACCAUUGGGGGCCAGACGUACCAGUUCUACAACCCCUACCAAGACCCAUACAUGAACCCUCUUCCCAAGCGUAUCUCUCGCGCUAUUCCCGGUAACGGCCCUGUAGAGGAUGUUACUUCCAUUGAUAUGCAGUGCAAUGGAUACACUGCCGGUGGUAUCAAGGGCAGCCAGCCCGCUGCUCUCCACGCCGAGGCCGCAGCCGGAUCAACUGUCAACUUGAAGUGGACUCUCUGGCCUGACUCCCACGUUGGCCCUGUCUUGACUUAUAUGGCUCGCUGUCCCGACUCUGGCUGUGAUGCUUGGAUGCCUGGUACUGAGAAGGUGUGGUUCAAGAUCCAGGAGGCUGGACGUGAUGGAACCAGCAACAACUGGGCUUCUUCCGUUAUCAUGAAGGCUGGCAACAGUGGCGUCAACUACACCAUUCCCCGGUGCAUCAAGCCCGGCUACUACCUUGUCCGUCACGAAACCAUUGCUCUUCACUCUGCGUUUGGCUACCCAGGAGCACAGUUUUACCCUGGAUGCCAUCAGCUCAAGGUGACGGGAAGUGGCAGCACCACACCCUCAAACCUCGUCGCGUUCCCGGGCGCUUAUGCAAGCAGUGAUCCUGGUGUCACCUACAAUGCUUACCAGGCUGCCACUUACAAGAUCCCUGGACCUGCUGUGUUCAAGUGCUAA